UUUAGUUAUUAGUUCUUACACUUCUUACCAUGUUGGCAAAAAUGAAUGUCUUAUGUCUUAAUUUUCAAAAAAGGGGUAUUUCAUAUUGUUUUCUUUUGAAUGAACCAUAAAUAUUUUAAUAAUAUUAUAAUAAAGUGAAAGAAUUAAAACGAUUUUGAAAAAAUAAAUGUUUAUAUGUUCUGCAUCUCUUGAGGAGUAUACACCUGUGUAGAUUUCACAUCUACCCUGGCCUCUUCAUGUUUUAAAUUUGUACAUAUUUGUGUGUUUCUUUUUAAAUUUAUAAUUUGCCAGUAUGGCUUUGUUUGAUUCAGUCGAAUUGCGUGCUAGUUUAAACUCCUUAAAACGAGUGGAUCCAUAUGUUAAAAACAUUUUAGCCACUGCCACACAAGUGGCAUUGUAUAAAUUUAAUUUACCUGAAAAUCAGUGGGAAAAAGGUGACAAGGAAGGAGCACUAUUUUUAUACAGUAGGAAUGGAGAGCCAUUCCAUAGUAUUAUGAUCUUUAAUAGGUUGAAUAAAGAUAAUUUUAUAGAGCCUCUUACUGCAGACUUUGAAUAUCAAGUUCAAAUACCCUUUUUACUCUACCGGAGUAAGAAUAAGAUAUUCGGAAUUUGGUUUUUCAAUACACAAGAGUGUAACCAGGUUACGUCGCUUCUUGAAAAUCUGAUGGAGAAAGAACCAACUGAAGAGGCACCAACAUUACAAUUAAAUCGAAAUGGGAUGAAUGUUGAUAUAUUCAGUAUGUUAUCAAAAGCCCAAGAAAAUUUCAACAAAACCCCCAGCAAGCCUGAAGGUAAUCAGUCAACAUUUAUGGCAUCAACCCCUAGAAUACCUGACAUGGCAUCACAAAGUGUUAUGGAUUUCUUUGCUAAGGCUGGUACCAAGAAACCCAAUCAAAAACCAGUGGCGAGUGGUGAAAAUGUUUUGCAUAGGUUAAUGUCUAAUCCGGCACAUAGUGUUGAACAUAUAGAGAAACAACAGAGAUCCAUAACUCCACAAGAAAUUUUUAAUCAUACAAUUGACCAAGGAACUUUAGGAGAUAGAAGAAGUGUUCCCAUUAAUUUUUCUAGUGGAGCUAUUAAAAAGUUUAAUGAAGGAUUAGAGCCUCAAUUGAACGGCCUAAGUAUAUCGAACAUUUCACCACCGAAACAAAACGUCGCCUCGUCACCGCCACUGACGUACGUCUCGCAAAACCAAUCGUCGUCGGUCCCAACGGACGACACAUCCGACCUUAUGGGCACUUCUCCGUUCCAGAAAUUCCUGCAGAACGCCCAGAAACCCCUUCUGAUGACCCCAAUGAUGUUCACCGCCCCGAAUCCAAUCAAAGAAUCCUCCGAAGGAUCUCCAGACGAAUCGGGUGAACCGGUUGAGAUGCUAACAGAAAAACAAUUAGCGCAGGCGCUCAUUUAUCUGUUGAAAAACAAUUCGGAUUUUAUUAAGCAGAUCCAUCAGGCGUACACCAAUUCGAUUCUGGAAAAGGUUAAUAAGACGAAGAAUCUUUAGUUUUAUGGUCUGUCUUAUUGAAAUGGUAUGAUUUGUACAUAAAAGAGGACUCGCCAUUUCUUAACCGCGAACCUGAUUAAAGAUCUUAUUAAGUAAGGACAUAACCAGUAAGUUAUUUACGACUUUUCUUUUUCUGUUGAAGUUUAAUCUAUUACCAUAAUGAUGUAAUGCUUAAUGUAAGGUUUUCCCAGUGAAAAUGCCAACGUAGGCUCGUGAAAAAUCAUCGAAAUGUGACAUUUUCACUGGCUGUUGGUGAAAAUCAUGAUAUUAAUUUUAGGUAUUUAAAUAAUAGGUUUUGUAAUAAAGGGUAUUGUAUAGUGACUGGCGAUAAGAGUACGUCCAGAUAUACACAUUGAUCCCAUAUAUUUUUAGAGAUUUGUACUUAAAUGACUGUCGGCCAGGCCAAAGCUGAAACGCUCUUGGGCAAAGAUGUGUUGUGGACGUUUCGACUUUUAUGAGAAUAUUCUUAGGAUUCUAAAAAGUUUCUAUACGGCACAUAGUCUUAAAAAACUGCCAAUAUAUUGAACGGAAUGUCGGAAUUGUAAGAUACCUAUUGGUUUAUAAACUCUUUCUGCCUAGCGUACUUUUUUUGCUUAAUCAGUUAAGCUCAAAACCAAAUAGAAUAUACGAUAGCUUAGUUUGCCAUUCUACCAUCGGAUUAAGCACCAUUUUCAUUAUUUUAAAGUAGGUAAGGGUAUAUAGUGGUUGGCUGUUUACACGUGUAAUUAAGGUUCUGCGAAAUAUGUGUUCCAUAUAUUAUGAUUGAUCUCUCACAAGUUUACCAUGAAGAUUACAUAGGUUAUCUUUGUCAGUACAAAUGAGCCAUAAAUCACUGACUUAGUGACACACACUAUACUCACGCAUUUAAUAUUCCCACAAGACUUAAGAUUACCUUGACAGAAAAACGUUAUCUUUUAAAGCCCUGCCAUAAAAUAACUGUGAAUUCGAUUAUUCCAUCAAGCAAAGAAAGAUUAAAAAUAAGAACGCAUAAAUAAAAGAUCGCACGUCUAAGAAUCUAAAAGUGAUACACCCACACCUGCUGCGUCAAAGGAUUAUGGAUUGUGGUGAGAUCACUGCUAAAAGCUAAACUUUUAGAAUGUAUUGCAAAAGUUAUAAAUUAGGAUUAUCUUAUCGUUUAAUUAAUAAAGCUGGUGGUAGGCACGACAAGAUCAUGCAUGACGCUACUCUCGAUCUCAAAUGGAGACAUUUAUUUAUUUCUUCUUAAGUUCCUUUGUUUAUUAAGUUAAGCCCGUUAUUUAUUUCUCAAUGUGUAGGCAUGAAUGUAAUCAUAAGAAAGAUGGAACUAAGGUUUAAGUUUCUCAAUUUUAUUGCAAUAUGGGGUAACUAAAGGUUUGACGUAUUCAUCAAUAUUUGGUCUUUGGUUGUGGCUCCGGCUGCUUAGAUUCCAUUUGAUUUUCAAUUUUUGUUUCUAAUGAUCUGAAAAGGAAAUAUGCAAACUUUGGAGCGGUAACGCUUUAAAAUGACUGCUAAUAUAAACAUUUUCUUACUCGCAAAAAAUCUUUGACUGGUUUUUGAAACAGUGAAUCUUCAAUAGUAUCAGUAUUGAGAUAUAUUGUAUAUUCGAUCCCAAUAAAAAAAAAAUUAUUGAAAGAAACAAUAUCGGGGGUAGUAAUUCAUGAAAAACCUCGCAUUUUUUCAUCAGAUAAAGAUCGGGGCGUCCCAGCUGGCCAAUCACGCGGGACGUUUGCGUAUUCAUCGCAGCCAUAAUACAAUACCAAGCCAUUUCAGCUUGAGUCGUUCCCUCUCGGCUUCUAAUUGUACGGCAUUUUUACUGGCAUUUAAUUUAACUGGUUUACUCGACUAAUGUGUGUCUCUGAAGAAUGCAUUCUCAAACUGGUUCACUAUUAAACCACUGUCAUAUCGAUCUGAUGGUUGAUAAACUCAACUGUGAAAUAAUUCCGCUUUUCUUCAUCAAUCGUCGUCAUCUGUUACGAAUCGACGUUAAGAGCUCUUGAACUCAUGAAGUAAAGGUUACUUGGCUCCGUUGACACACAUGUCGACAUUGGUCGCUAGUUAAGAUCUGGGCUGUAUGGUAAUCGAUUGCGGUUUGGUGUCCUUCGCUUCUGAAUAAGUGACGCUCUUCUGACGUGACUACUCAGUCUUGGCAGUUCGCAUUUAAUAAAAUGAGGAGGAUUGAAACCUUGCAGUAACUUAAUGUGUUAGUUCGAGUAGGAUCGCUGCUGCAAGUAAAAUCUUAUCAGAGUGUGGAUCUCUGUGGUGACCCUACCAAAGUGACCGUUGUUAGUUCACCUUUCUAGUUGACCAACUCAGUAAGGGGUUGGUCUUGAUUUUAAGAUGUAAGAUGUAAUAAACAUAGAUUGUGUUACGUGUUGAUAAGAACUUUUCAUCGAAGAGGAAAUUUCAUCACACUCCCGUUUGACAAAAGUUGACAAGCAUUCGGCACAAAUAGCAAGUGUUUACUAUUAGACUUUUCGACGGAUUUAAACUUAUUAGAUCCCAUAGAUCUUUAUAGUAAAUAUCUGCCAUUGGGUAAACUAUCGGGUACUCCUGAUAUUGUCUCGUGACUUACCUUCAAUCUUGGUACUCUUUCUUUCUUGGAUGACGUUUCGACAAGAAAGUGGUGAGGGAAAACUACAUUCAUCAAAUUGUAUAGAACAAAGCUAAGAGGGUAAUAUGAGUCGUGGAAUUGCAGAUUAGAUAAAACCCAAACAUAUAAAAUCUACACAUUAAUCAACAUUAUCUUAACAUAUUAACAUUAUCUACACACGAGAUUAAGAAGACAAGGGCAAUACGAUUUACAAACGCAUAUACGCAAUUAUCGUGUCACCUGGUCUUUCUAAUCACAAUGUAGAUUUGUAUUAUUUAUAGUAUUUUGUGUUUGUAGGUAUAUUUGUAUGUUUUUUAUAAUCUGUAAUUAAUUUAAGUAGUAAGAUAGAUUUUUUUAAAUAUGAAAUAUGUAUUUUACAAUUCUAAAUUCUGCGUUACGUCGACUAAAUAUAAUGUCAUCAUGUAAAUGAAAAAUAUAAAAUAAAUUUUUGCCCAAGGGCGUUGCAUUCAUUCCGACAACCAUGUAAUUGCAAAUAUAGUCUCGAAAACUGCUAUUAACUCCACUGAGAGGUAUAACAAAAAAAUAAUUAAUUUCAAUAUAGUUUAUUGCAACUUCUUCGGUUUAAAAUGUGUAUUUUGACAUCCAUUAUCACCACUUAUGACUAUCUGGACACUCAGAUUUACUAUUGUAAGGACAACUUUCAAAAUAUAUAGUUCAUUUAUGAGGAAAUCUUUAUUAAUUCAAGCAAACUGGCUGGAGAAUCAUUUUAUUUAUACUGGUAGUAAUAUUUAAUAUUUACUUGUGCGUAAUACGAAAUCAACUUAUGUAUAUUAAAUAUACAAUUAAACUUGCAAAAUCCCAUGGUUACUUGACGAUCGCUCAACCUCUAUUUCACUUGAAAUCAAAAUAAUCACCCAAGAUUAACUAAGUUGCUUAUUAACGCAUUUUUUUCAAUCCGAUAAUAAAAAAAAAUCCGGAAAGGUUGGCCCAGAACCUGUAAUCGUUUUAUCAUUUACCGCAAUCAACAUAAUAUACCUUUUUUCUUUAUUUAACAUUGUUGGCACUGAAUAAAAAAUGGGUUAAAAUUACUAACUCACCAGAAAACUUUAAAUUUAAAAUCACUUAAAAGUUUAACAAACUUGGCAACUUUCUGGAACAGCUUCUUCAUGCCGAGUAUAUAUGCCUACGUUGCCAAUUUUUGACUUAUUUCUUUAAAUUUCUGAUACUGCUUAUUAACUUUAACUAUUUUACAUGUAUUCCUUGCAAAUCUUUGACGAUUGUUGAGUUGAGUAAGUUUGGUUUUGCAAAGCAAGAGUCGAAGUAUAUAUUUUGAAUAGUCUUAAGCUAUAUUUACAUUUAAAAAAAAUUAUAGUGAUACUGAAUUAUUGUUGUUAUUAAAAACGUUUGAUUCUACUCAAACAAAUUUUUAUUAAAAGAAAUGGCGUUUAAAAAUAACAUAAGUCUUAUUUUAAGACUUUACCUUCAAAUUAUAGUCUCGUAAAUUUUGCACAAAUAAGCUGCAAACCGACGACAAUUUGUAUAACGUGACAUAUUAUAUUUAGAAAAAAAAAACGACAGCUUUGUGAUAAAACGAUAGGUCUUAUAUUUAAGCAGAUUACUUUGUGAGUAAUUCUUGGUUAUCGUUACAACAUAAUAUAUAUUGGUUGUAUAUUUCACAUAUUUUUCUCUGUCAUCGUCCUGAAUGAUAUUUUAUUAUAAGAUUUUUAACAUUUUAAAAUUUGUAUUCUUGAUUUGAAAGGUACAGAGUGAACUAUAUUCGAGGUGUAUCUCGACGAAAAUACACGUCGAAAUUGGUACAUUUUGUAAACAUUUUUUUGACAGCAGGUUCACCGCUUGGUCUAUUUGGUCGAAUCUAGAUUCGUUCUCUUAAGUGUGUUAUUACGACAAUAACUGGUGACUAAUACCGUUAGCUAUUUGUAGAUAGUCACUUGUUUAAUUGACAAGAACUUUGUUUGCUGAAUAAUUGUCAAAAUUGUAAAAUUGAAAUAAAACAUUGUAUGAUUUAAA